GCCCGCCCGCGUUGCCAGGGCAGCGGCGGCGGCAGGAGCGGCUCCCCCGCCAUGAGCAGGAAGAGGCUGCAGCUGCUGGCGGAGUCGCUGAGCCGAUCCACCAAGCACUUUAGCGAAGGCGAAGCGGAAUGCCUGAUCAAGCUCUUCGACGUGCUGGUGGAGAGGUCCUGCAGCCAGUACGCUGUGUCCGGCUUCAACCGCACCGUGUUCAGAGACACCCUGUUCGCCGCCUUUGGCAUGACGGACGACGUGGUCCUGGACCGAGUGUUCAGCACUUUUGAUAGAGACAACAAUGGCUGCAUCACUGUGGUGGAGUGGGUGGAAGGCUUAGCAAUAUUACUUCGGGGGACACUGGAAGAGAAGAUUAAAUACUGUUUUGCGGUUUAUGACCUGAAUGGUGAUGGAUACAUUUCGAGAGAGGAAAUGUUUCAAAUGCUGAAGGACACUGUUAUCAAACAACCAGCAGAUGAAGACCCUGAUGAGGCAAUUAAGGACUUGGUAGAGAUAGUACUGAAGAAAAUGGACUAUGAUCACGAUGGCAAGCUUUCUUUUGCGGACUUUGAACAAGCAGUCAAAGAUGAAAACCUUCUCUUAGAAGCCUUUGGACCAUGUUUGCCAGACAUAAAGAGCAGGAUUGCAUUUGAAGAGAAAGUUUUCCCGGACACAGGUUAACUGGAACUCCAUUGUUGAAUACUGUUGUAAAGGGUGUUUUUCUUCACCAUUCUUCAUGAUAUAGUAAAAAUGGGAGCAACUUGAAA